AGCCAAAUCUAAAGGCAUCCCAUUCUCAGGAAUAAAACACAUCUUUGGGAAUUUGAACAGCUUGCCUGUGAAAAAAAAAAGAGUCUCAAAAGGUUGCAAAUUUAAAAUGGGUAAAAGAAAACCAUCACUGUCAGCUCAGUGAAAACACUUUAUUUCAGCAGUUUUGGAAUCAUUCACAUUAGUUGAAUCUGUUCUUUGUGUGCAGGCGGGUGGAACAGGUGACCUCCCAGGGGCUGCUCCUGCCUACGUUUCUCCAUGAUUUUGUGAUUCCGCUUUCAAAAAGAAAGACCUUUCAAACCAGCAAAGGAGCUUUUUUCUUUCAGAAGAUGUUGAAACUUCACUGAUUUCAAAAUAGAUCUCAGUCAGUUAUAGAAAAGUUUGAAUGAGGCCUGGACUCAGUCAAUUAGGAGAUUGGUGCUGAUUCUUUAUGCCUUUGAAAUAGGGUGGUUAGAGCAUUCUGUGGCUUUAGGUGACGAUUCUGACAGAACUGGCUUUAUCAUCUACUUCUGGUUUCAAUGAAUCAGUGUUUUCCUGUAUGUGUGUGGGUGGGGGGGAAUCCCCAUAAACCUUUUGUACAAGAAAAUAAUACACCAAAUAGUUUGAUUCAAAUUCCAGUGUUAAAGAACAAAACAAAGUGCCCUACUUCCUCCAUUAGGAUAUUAAUUGCUCAAUCAUUUUUUCCUAUUCUAAGUCCUCAGUCCCCAAAUAAUCUAGGGACAAUGUGGUUUACAGCUAGUCACAUCUUUGAAGAAGCAUUUCUUUGUAUGGUCUUAAAAUAAGAUGCAUUCAGGUGCAACGCAGUGCACCUUCUGCUGUGAGAUAAGGAAACAGAGAGAGCCAAGGGCUUCAAGAAUAGCAGCAUGGACAUCAUAUGGAAGGAGUGGUAUUGUUAUUUCUAUGAAUCUCAGCUGGCAGAGGGGAGCUGCACGCUGCUUCCAUUCCUCUGCAGGGCAAAGGCCUGGUCCUUCUGCCAGCAUGAGGCUGUGCUCUCCUCCCCACCACAGCUCUUCACACUCCAGGAGGCUUUUCUUGCUCCUUAUGCGGUGCUCAUGUCCUGCUUGAGCACUGUAUGUCCUCAGGUAUCCCCAUCCCCAGCACCAGCAUGCAAGAAGUGAAUGGCCUUGCAUGGGUUUUUUUUAAGUUUCAUGGUUCUGUUAAUCAGCCGGAGUUAAUUUGCUAAGUGCCACAGCCCUAUUAAUUCCCAUCCCUUCCGCUGCUCACCCAUUAGCCAUGACACCUUCAAUAUGCUUACCGCAUCCCAAACCAUAGAUAGAACUCCAAGGACAUCCUUCAGGUUUGCUGCUUUUCAGUGCUCAUAAUGAAAGAGAUGCUGCCUUUGUCUGGCGCCGUUCCAACCGAGCAUCUUGCUGAUCUGCACAAGCUGCAAUCAGCCCCAAGAAAAGCUUUGAAGGACAGUAUUUUCACCCCCCCACAUCACAGAGAGGGGAUUUGAUGGAGAGGUUUAAGGCUUACAUUUUCCUCUUUCUAAGUUUGGAGGCUUCUGGAUGAGCAGCAUGAGAGGGAGGGAGGUGGGCCUUAGCCUAGGUUGCAUGGUGGGGCGAUUGGUUCCCCAUGGUGCAAGGCAGGUGACCCCAACCAAGAAUUUUGUUUUACAAAACUCCCCUGGGCAGCGGCAAUGACAUGCAGUGCCGAAGUCAGAGUACAGUCCCAGCUUAUCCUGCCAUUCUGGCCUCUCAUUUAGCACUUCAGCCUUGUCAAAAGCCAAUUGCAAAGCAAAAAUGCUGAUGUUGCUCCUGCAGUCCCAGCUGGCAGGAGCGUAGGUAGCCAAGUGGAAAUUUACUGGGUUUGUGCCAGGCCUUCGGUGGGAAGGGGGGAUCUGUGCAGGUUUGCCAUCAAACAGCUUCUUCUGGCUUUUCUCUCCCUGCACCCCCACCCUUGUGCACUCUCUCCCUUGCGCUCUUAGAUACGACCGAAGCAGUAUUUGACUUCAUCCAGAGGAGCCGCAGGAUGAUCGUGGUGCUGAGCCCUGAUUACCUGACGGAGAAGAGCAUCAGCCUGCUGGAGUUCAAGCUGGGCAUCAUGUGCCAGAACACCAUUGCCACCAAACUCAUCGUGGUGGAGUACAGGCCGCUACAGUGCACCCACCCCAGCAUCCUCCAGCUGAAGGAGUCCGUCUCCUUUGUCACCUGGAAGGGGGAGAAGUCCAAGCGCUCAGGCUCACACUUCUGGAAGGCCCUGAGGCUCGCCCUGCCACUGCGCAGCCUGAGUGCCGGCUCUGGCUGGAACGAGAGCUGCUCCUCCCAGUCUGACAUCAGCCCCGAUCCUGUCCAGAGGAGAAAGAGCCGGUUGAAAGGUCGGCCUGAGCUGCAGGGAGCCCUCACGCCCCCAGCCUCCAUGCCAAAGGCCAAGCACCGGGCCUCGCGCUUCUUGGCCUGCCGGUGCUGUGGGACCUACUGCCAUAGUGGUAGCAGACUGAAGCGCAAGCGGCGAGCGGUGGCUGAGCCCAGGUGGGAGACCCACCUCUGCAAGGCCGAGGGGCAGGGGGGGCUGGGCAGGAGCCGCCCUGAGCCCCCGCCUGCACAGGGCCCAGCUCUCGCCCUCUGCCAUUAUAGCGAUCUAUCGAACAACAAUGACUUUUACGUCCUCUAACUGAGAGACGGAGCUUGGUGGCACUGCAGGUGGUGGGCCCAUGGAAGACAUUCACUGGAGCCUCUGAUGAGACAUUUUUGCAGUAUCACAGGCGGACUUGGUGUCUUUCUACAUUGCCUCGCUUGCUGUCAGGCACAGAGGACUGCAGCAACAUCCCAGCUGUCUCGCUGCUGCUGAUGUGAGCCAGGGACCUGCGACGGCCCACAGAGCAGCAGUCAGGGCUGCCUACGUUGGCAAGUCCUUAAUUACAUUGCAAAGUGGAGCUGAACGUGCCCAAGCAUCUCCUAGGCAUUUCUUGUGGGAGGGCAGCUCCCACUGGCAGGGUGGGAUGGAUGCCGGGAUGCAGGAAGGGAGGUGCCCCUUGCACCACAAGAAGCAGUGCCCCUGGGGGGAACACCCAGGUAAGGAGGAGGCUUGCCGGGCUUUGCAAAGAACACUUUGCUAAUGAGCUCAAUGGGAGCCCGGCUGUGCAGGAGUGCACCAUGCAGCACGGUGCUUUAUCCACUGUGGUUUAA